UUGUGAGAGCAGCAGAACAGAGGAGGAGGAAGAAGAAGGAAGGAGGAGGAAUCAGAGCGAGAGAAACCGUGUGGCUGCAGUCAGGAGGGACACACACACUGAGAGAGCGAAAGAGGAGGAGAGACAGAGAGACGGUUUCCUCCCCUCUUCACCUCACUGACCCAUGAAAGAAGCCAUGCCGGUCCUCACAGCAGGAGCGGGGCUUCAUGAAACGUUGGCCCUGCUGACCUCUCAGCUGCGGCCCGACGCCAAUCACAAAGAGGACAUGGUCUUCCUCAAAGACGUCUUCAGUGAGAGGAGCUUGGGGUACCUGAUGAAGAUCCAUGAGAAGUUGAGACAGUAUGAGAGACAGAGUCCAACCCCCGUCCUUCACAGUGCCUCAUCUCUGGCAGAGGAUGUGACAGAGGAGCUGCAGAGCGGACCAAUGAGCACAGAGGAGAAGGAGCUGCUGCACCUGCUGUCCUCACCACAUUUCAAGGCCGUGCUCUCGGUGCAUGACACGGUGGCCCAGAAGAACUUUGAUCCUGUGCUGCCACCGCUCCCCGAUGACUUUGAGGACGAGCUGGAUGAAGAGUCGGUGAAGAUUGUGAGGCUGGUGAAGAACAAAGAGCCUCUGGGAGCAACCAUCAGGCGGGACGAAGCCACUGGGGUGGUGGUCGUGGCUCGGAUCAUGAGAGGAGGAGCAGCCGACCGAAGUGGUAGAUGA